AAAAAUCCACAUAUGCGCUUCCCAGGGCCAUCGCCGUUGUCUCAAAACUUUCCUCGGAGAGACCGCCUCGUUGCACCGCAAUGUCGUUCCAGAACAUUACCGACGACUUUGGCCGCUUGGGCCUCGAAUCCGACAGGAACCCGCACAGGGAUGAGCGGUAUUCCAGCCCACCAGGGCCGUACCCGCCCUCCUCGUAUCCUCCGCAGGGAUACGGUCAGGCCAGCCCCGAGCCUUACCCGGGCCAUUAUCCUCCCCCGCACCAGUCUCCAUAUUCCUCUCCGCCGGCUCAGAGCUCCUAUGCGUAUCCAUCCGAGCCCGGCCCUCGUCCGCCGCCUCCCUACGCGCCACCGGCUGGCAAGCCCCCAAUUCCCGCCGGCUGGACUCCACGCUGGGAUGACCAUUACCAGCGCUGGUACUACGUAGAAGAGGCCACCGGUCGUUCGCAGUGGGAAGCCCCCGGCUUCGAUCACUCGGCCUAUCGGGUGAACCCCCCCAGUGGUGAUAACCGCGGACAUUCCCCGGUGCCCGGUGCCCAUCCCCCGUACGGUGGCGGACCGCCCGGCUAUGGCAGCCCCAGCCCCUCUGUCGGCGGGUACCAGGCCGGGUACGGCGAUAACCGUGCCAGCGGGGCCCAGGGAGAGAAGGGCCACGGCGGCAUGCUCCUCGGUGCGGCCGGCGGCUUGGCUGGCGGCUUGGCCGUUGGCGCCGUUGCCGGCGCUGUUAUCGGGCACAAAAUCCACAAACACAAAGCCCACAAGCACAAAGCCCAGAAGCACAAAGCUCACAAGCGCUCCGACUCCUCCUCCUCUUCCUCAUCAUCUUCCGACGAUGAACACCACGGCGGCGCCCGCAUAGCGAAAGCUCACAAGUACAAGCACGGCGAGGAGGUUGACAGCAGCGAUCGGGAGGAGCUGGAGGAGGACGAGGAGGAGGACGAGGAGGAGGACGAGGAGGAGGACGAGGAGGAGGACGAGGAGGAGGACGAGGAGGAGGACGAGGAGGAGGACGAGGAGGAGGACGAGGAGGAGGACGAGGAGUCGUCUGAUGAUGAUUAACUGGUCCUCCCUUGCCCCGGGGGCUGGCCGCUGGCCGAUUCCCUGGCUGGCCGAGAGUGACCCAUCGAGUCGUGCCGUGGCUUCAUAGCAUUGCCUGAUUCUUUUUUC